CAGCUCAUCAUCAUUUGUGCUUUGAACUUCUUAAGUGUAAAUUGCUCGUGCGCUUCUGGACGAGAAAUUUUUUGCGUAACCCAACGAAUCUGAAACCUAUUUAAGCUUAACAAAAUGAAAUUCUUCGUGUUCGUUGCUCUGGCGCUGCUUGGCUGUGCGACUGCUGCGCAGCUGCCCGAUUCGGCCACACAGGGACCCAACCCGCAGGACAUUGCGACACCCGAGCCGGAAUACAUUGACAUCGAUGAGCCGCUACCAGCCGCCCCAGCGCCCCGUCCAGUUGCCCAACGGCCCCUGGCUGUGUCCCCAGUGCCCCGUCCAGUGAUUGGACUGCCUCGUCCCGUUGCCCGUCCCGUUGCCGCGGCCGUGCGCCCCGUUGCCGUGGCUCAGCCGAUCGCCUAUGCCCAGCAGCCGAUCCAGCAGCGCGCCCAGUAUCUGGCCCCACUCCUCCAGCCGCAGCAGGUGGCAGGACACGCGUACAGCAGCCAGGCCGGCUAUCAAUAUCGUCGUCCAGUCUAUGUAAGGCGCGUCUAUCGCCAGCGUCGCUACUAGAGAGGGGCGAUGCCUAGCACUUAACCUUUGUCUAUUUAAUAUAUCUAAUUUCUAUAUGAUUUCUAAUUUGUA